GCAUUGUGACAUUAAUUUCAAAACAGUUAAAUAUCUGUGCAACCCAGCGUUUAUCCUUUUAAUUACAAUGCAUUUCCAAUAAAAAGACAAAAGCAGAUGUUUAACAGUUAAAACGCAUUGCAUUGCCGUGAUUUUGCAGAAAACAUACUGAUUUGUUCAUUGUUUAAAUGACUUGGCAGCUCUGGACCUCGUAUCUCAGCAGAGAUCUGGACCUUCAGUGAAGCGUGUCCCUCAUGAUCUGGGAUUAUAUAAAGCAGGAAUAACUAUAAUAAUCUAGCAUGGAGUUUGUCAGAGUGCUGAUUGGGGACGCGAGCGAUCCAGAACCAUUCAAGAUAUUAAAGGAUGACCCCGAGGAACACAGAGAUCUGGUGCUGUGAUGUAAAGAUGGAGUUUAUUAAAGAGGAGAAUGAUGAUGAUACAUGCCAUCAGUGUGGAAAGAGCUUCACAAGUAAAAGAAACCUCAAAGAACACAUGAGAAUUCACACCGGAGAGAAACCCUUCACAUGCCCUCAGUGUGGAAAGAGUUUCUUACGUAGAGGAGGCUUUAAGAUUCACAUAAGGAUUCACACCGGAGAGAAGCCGUAUGUGUGUCAGCAGUGUGGAAAGAGCUUUAUAAGUCAAGGAACGCUUGGCACUCACUUAAGGUCUCACAGUAAUGAGAAACCGUUCAAGUGCCCUCAGUGUGAAACGAGUUUCAGACGUAAAGACCUCUUCAGUCGUCACAUGAGAGUUCACAGUGGAGAAAAGCCUUUCUCAUGUCCUCAUUGUGAGAAGUGUUUUUCAACUAAAACCCACCUUCAUACUCACUCACGAAUUCACACCGGAGAGAAGCCUUACACAUGUGAUCAGUGCGGAAAGAGUUUCAAAUGGACAAAUGCUUUCAGAGUUCAUAAGCUCCUUCACUCCGGAGAAAAGCCAUUUAAGUGUGAUCAGUGCGAUAAGAGGUUUGUUCUGGAAUCAGACCUAAAGGCCCACAUUAAAACUCACACAAAAGAGAAGCCUUACUUGUGUUGUGUUUGUGGAAAGAGGUUUUUAUGGCGGGGCUGUUUUAAAGAACAUCUAAAACUCCACUCUGGUGUGAAAAACUAUUUGUGCGCAGAUUGUGGUAAAGCCUUUAUUACAGCCACUCAGCUGAAAGUGCACCGCAGGAUCCAUACUGGAGAAAAACCUUACAAGUGCUCGCAUUGUGAGAAGAGUUUUGGACAGUUAGGAGGCCUGCAAGACCAUGAGAGAAUCCACACUGGAGAGAAACCAUUCCAGUGCCAUCAGUGCGGCAAGACAUUCAGACAUUAUAGAGCAGCACAGAUGCACAGAAAGAAGCACUGCCCAAAAUUAAAGUCGAUAUGACUGAAGAAACAAGAGCUCAAGAGCUCUAGGCAUUAAAAAGUGCUACCUUUUUUUGUGAUUAUUGUUUCACUCUAUCCUGUUAUCCUGGUUCUCUUCCUAUCUUACAAAUAGACAAUACUACAUUGCUAUAAACAAUUAUAACUCCUCCACUGCUUUACUUAGACAGGGUGUUCCCCAGGGCUCUGUUCUCGGCCCAUUACUGUUUAUUAUUUACAUUAUGCCCCUUGGACAUAUUAUUCGCCAUUAUGGUUUUCAUUAUCACUGUUGUGCUGAUGAUAUUCAGAACCGUUACAGUUCAGAGGCCUGCGAAACCAUGAGAGAACCCACACGGGAGAGAAACCAUUCCAGUGCCAUCAGUGCGGCAAGAGAUUCAGAUAUUAUAGAGCAGCACAGAAAGAAGCAUUGCCCAAAAUUAAAGUCGAUAUGACUGAAGAAACAAGAGCUCAAGAGCUCAAGGCAUUAAAAAGUGCUACCUUUUUUUGUGAUUAUUGUUUCACUCUAUCCUGUUAUCCUGGUUCUCUUCCUAUCUUACAAAUAGACAAUACUACAUUGCUAUAAACAAUUAUAACUCCUCCACUGCUUUACUUAGACAGGGUGUUCCCCAGGGCUCUGUUCUCGGCCCAUUACUGUUUAUUAUUUACAUUAUGCCCCUUGGACAUAUUAUUCGCCAUUAUGGUUUUCAUUAUCACUGUUGUGCUGAUGAUAUUCAGAACCGUUACAGUUCAGAGGCCUGCGAAACCAUGAGAGAACCCACACGGGAGAGAAACCAUUCCAGUGCCAUCAGUGCGGCAAGAGAUUCAGAUAUUAUAGAGCAGCACAGAAAGAAGCAUUGCCCAAAAUUAAAGUCGAUAUGACUGAAGAAACAAGAGCUCAAGAGCUCAAGGCAUUAAAAAGUGCUACCUUUUUUUGUGAUUAUUGUUUCACUCUAUCCUGUUAUCCUGGUUCUCUUCCUAUCUUACAAAUAGACAAUACUACAUUGCUAUAAACAAUUAUAACUCCUCCACUGCUUUACUUAGACAGGGUGUUCCCCAGGGCUCUGUUCUCGGCCCAUUACUGUUUAUUAUUUACAUUAUGCCCCUUGGACAUAUUAUUCGCCAUUAUGGUUUUCAUUAUCACUGUUGUGCUGAUGAUAUUCAGAACCGUUACAGUUCAGAGGCCUGCGAAACCAUGAGAGAACCCA